AUGCGCAGCUCAUGGGGCGGGAAGGCCGCCGAAGAAAGAGGGGUGCGACCCCGCAUAACAGGCGUAUGGCGAGUCGGUAUCGGCUCGGCCAGGACGUCGGGCAACCUAAGCACGUCGGCCCCCGAUCUGUUGGAGGCCAUCGCCGCCGUCAAUACCGCGGAGACCGGCGGUGAGAACAGCCACGAGGCCAAGGAGCGCUCGAAUCUGCUCGCCAGUCAGCUGGCGCAGGUCCACGAGGCCCGGAAGCUGCUCUGCAACGACUCCCAGCCGACGGAGCUGAUGCGGGACCCGCGCAGGCUGCUCGACAGCGGCUACGACGAGCUGACCGAGCUGGAGAAGGAGAUAGGGGAGAUCCUGCAAAACGACGAAGACGAAGAAGUGGUGGAGGAGGAACGUCAUCAGGGGACCGGCAGCUGUACCGAUGACGACAUGGACCUCACCAGCGGUCUCAUCACGCUCGAGUCGUUCAUGGGCAACACCCAGCGUGAGGCGCUCGGCGACUCGCGCGGGCAGCUGCUCGCCAAAGUGCAGAGAACCGCCGCUCGCGACGACCCGGCGGUGACGCCGGGCGCUCCGGCCGAGGGGACUGUGGCGGGCGACGCAGCGGUCGCGCUCAAGCCGCGCCUGAAGGAGAAGAUGACGUCACGCAUCACCGCCCUGUUCCGUAGGCUGAUCGACUCGGAGGCGGUGCUCGACCGGAAGAUGACCAUGGAGAUCGUCUCCACCGCCGAGUUCAUCCACAAGGUCAACUCCGACAUGAUGAAGCAGUUCGCCAGCGUACACAAUGACCUGGCCCGCAGCGGACCCAAGACAUUCCUCGCCAUGACACGGUGGUACAAGCUGUAUUGCAUGUACUGCGACAACUACGAGCGGUCCUUCUCGGUCAUCUCGCACGCCAAGAAGAUUCCGGCCUUCAGAUCAUUCUGGAAGGAAGCACACCAAAAUCCUCUGCUCAAUGGCAAGCAGAUAUUCAGCUACAUGAGCAAGCCGCUGUACCGCGUGCUUAAGUACCACGCCAUGCUCAAGGAGAUCUUCGGCAACGCACCCGAGGGAUACCCGGCAAGAGCCGAUUUGGUGGAGGCCAUGAAGGAGACGAACACCGUCACGGCCUACAUCAUGUCCAAGAAGGUCAUAUCUUCCGACCUGCAGAAGAUCCUCAGCAUAUACUACCAGCUGUCCGACCUGCAUGACUUUGACCUGGUGUCCACGCGGCGCCAGUUCAUACGAGAGGGCAUGCUGGUGAAGCUGUCGCCCAAGGGGAAGGAGCAGGAGCGACAGUUCUUCCUGUUUGACGACGUGCUCAUCUACGCCAGGCGAAAGCGUCACGACAAAUUCUUCGUCAAAGGGGUGGUGCCGAUGGACUUGGUCUUGAUUCGAGAGGUCCGUGUCAAGGCCGGCGGGGACCACGGAGACAAGGCCGCGAGAUCGUUCCAGCUGGUGCGGCUAGACGUCAAAAAGGUCCACACCAUUCGCGCCAAGAACAAGGCAGAGAAGGACGAAUGGACGAAGGACCUGCAGAAGAUCGUCAACCAGUACCUCGCCAAGCUGCAGGAGGUCCAAAAGAUUCCACAGACGCUUGAUGAGGUGGUGGAUACGGCGGUGUCGUUCCUGCUGUGGGGAGUCCUUCCGUCGGCGGCGAGCACUGCGCAGAAGUCGCCGCCCAUGAGCAGUAACCUGGCGUUCAUCCACCAGCGAAGACCCCAGCACCUCGUGCUGCCCAAGGUGCUCGAUGGCGAUGACGCCAUGGAGAGCGGUAAGCUGGCCCUCAACACCAUCUACCCGGCCCGAGACAGCGCCGGUUCGCCGUAUGAGAACUUCGUGAAGGCCACCAGCGAGCUGCAGCGAGUCUAUCUCGGAGAAAUGAACGGGGCGGAGGUGAUCACGUUUUUCCUCAACCUCUACCACGUCAUCUUGCUCCACGCACACGUGGAGAUGGGGGCUCCAUCCGCCGGAUCGCCCCGAUUCAGCUACCUGGAGACGAUGGCCUACCGCGUGGGCCGAGCAACGCUCUCCCUCUUCGACAUCGAGUACCACGUUCUGCGCGCCCGCAUGUCCAAGCCCGACAUCUUCGGUGUGGGGAGCAGAUUCGCGAAGAGCCUGAAGAAGAAGUCCAAGGAGCUCGAGGGCUUCGCGCUGGAGCCCAACCCGCUGUUAAACUUUGCCAUCUCGUACCUCGUGGUGGGCAGCCCCGAAAUCGUGGUCUACACGCCCGAGCUGGUGGCGCAGCAGCUCCGACAGGCCACGCAGAACCGCCUCUGCCGCCACUUGGUCGUCAAGCAUGCGCAAGGAAAGGUCUAUCUGCCAAACGAGUUCGAGUGGCACGCCGCCGAUUUCCUCAAGCGCGCGCCGCCUUCGAUGGGCGAGUACACCCACCGGGAGGUGCAGGAUAUGCUCAACUGGUGCUCGGCCUACGUCACCGGCCCCGAGGGCCAGGACUUUGUGAACCUGUUGGCCCUCCACAAGACCAAGACCUGCCUGUACUACUACGAGCCCAACUGGAACUUCUCUCUGCCGAACGCUUCGUCCGACAUCGCGGCCGACCGACCAGCCAGGCCGACGUCGCGCGUUGCUUCCAUCCCUCUGCUGCCACGCGUGGGCCUCAAGGUCUCUGCGCCGACCACGUCUCUCGACGACAGUUUCAAUACGGUGUUCACCCCAAAGGCACGGAGUACGUCCAAAGACGCGCUGCCACCAAGAAAACGAUCACGUACGGUGGAAGCCGCCCUGUAA